AUGGUGCGUUGGCCAGGCCUGAGGCCCUGCCUGACUGCCAUCCUUAACCCUGCAGGUGCCUCCAGCAUGGCAGCAGCCGAAGUACCCAGCUACCUUGUGUCUCCUCAGACGGAGAAGCACCGGCGGGCCCGCAACUGGACAGAUGCGGAGAUGCGUGGCCUCAUGCUGGUCUGGGAGGAGUUCUUCGAUGAGCUCAAGCAGACCAAGCGCAAUGCCAAGGUAUACGAGAAGAUGGCCAGCAAGCUCUUCGAGAUGACCGGGGAGCGCCGACUAGGCGAGGAGAUCAAGAUCAAAAUCACCAACAUGACCUUCCAGUACAGGAAAUUAAAAUGCAUGACAGAUAGCGAGUCCGUCCCGCCGGACUGGCCCUAUUACCUAGCCAUUGAUAGGAUUCUGGCCAAGGUCCCUGAGUCCUGUGAGGGCAAACUGCCGGAUGGCCAGCAGCCGGGGCCCUCCACGUCCCAGACCGAGGCGUCCCUGUCACCGUCUGCUAAGUCCACCCCUCUGUACUUACCGUAUACCCAGUGCUCCUAUGAAGGCCGCUUCGAGGACGAUCGCUCCGACAGCUCCUCCAGCUUACUGUCCCUUAAGUUCAGGUCAGAGGAACGUCCUGUGAAGAAGCGCAAGGUCCGGAGCUGUCACCUACAGAAAAAGAAGCUGCGGCUGCUGGAAGCCAUGCUGGAGGAACAGCGCCGGCUGAGCCGUGCCAUGGAGGAGACAUGCCGAGAGGUGCGCCGUGUGCUGGACCAGCAGAACAUCCUGCAGGUUCAGAGUCUGCAGCUUCAGGAGCGCAUGAUGAGCUUGCUGGAGAAGAUCAUCGCCAAGUCCAAUGUCUAGGCCAUGGAAAGGAUGCCAGGUGCCACACAGUCCUGUCUGGAGGCAC